GUCACUACUGCUAGAUACUAAUUGAUGCUACUAUUCUUCUAGGUGUCCGUUAGCGUUCGUGUUGUCUGUGCCGCGCCAACUGCUGUGCUGUGGGUAGGCCGAUGAGCGCCUUUCGCAUUCACGCAGCAAGUCCUAUAUGCUUAGAGACUUCUGAUAUCGCAACAACACCAACACCACCAGAACAACUCCCGAUUGCGAUGGAGUCUCAAGUAAAGGCAAUAUGCUGCUCGGUAGGUAGUCUUGGUGCCCGGUGUUUGUCGCGUGGGCGCGCCGUUCGCAUUCGUUUGGGCGUGCUAGAGGGAAGGAUUUCCGAGGGUUUCUCAAGCGUCCAGUGUAUUUUAGUGUUCUAAACGUU